ACCCUUCCCUGUCUUUGCUCGCUGCCCGAAAAGAACAUACAGAAAAACACUUUCACAUUUCACACUUACAGAGAGAGAAGAGAGAUAAAUAGAGCAUUAGGUAUUUUGAGGAAGAAGAAGUAGAGGAGAGAUAAUGGUUACGAGUAACAAUCGAUGCAAAUGGAGUUCCAUUUUCUUGUUUCUGAUUAGUCUCUCCGUCGCCGUCUUAGUCGCCGUCGCUGACGACAAGGCUCCGGUGGUCGAGGAUGGUUUGGUUAUUAACGGCGACUUCGAAACAUCACCGUCACAUGGCUUCCCUGACGACGGAGUAACCGACGGGCCAUCAGAUAUCCCAAGCUGGAAAUCCAACGGUACGGUGGAGCUAAUCAACUCCGGUCAAAAACAAGGCGGAAUGAUCCUCAUUGUCCCACAAGGUCGUCACGCCGUCCGAUUAGGCAACGACGCAGAGAUCAGCCAAGAUCUAACGGUUGAGAAAGGUUUUGUCUAUUCAGUGACUUUCAGUGCAGCUCGCACGUGCGCUCAGCUCGAAUCGAUAAACGUGUCGGUGGCGUCUGUGAACGCAGACGCGGAUGAUAUGGUUGCGUCGCGUAACGUGGAUUUGCAAACGUUGUAUAGUGUUCAAGGGUGGGAUCCUUACGCGUGGGCGUUUGAAGCGGAAGAUGAUCAUGUACGGUUGGUUUUUAAAAACCCGGGUAUGGAAGAUGACCCGACUUGUGGACCAAUCAUCGAUGACAUUGCUAUUAAGAAGCUCUUUACUCCUGAUAAACCCAAAGACAAUGCGGUGAUUAAUGGAGAUUUCGAAGAAGGUCCAUGGAUGUUUAGGAACACGUCUCUUGGUGUUUUACUUCCGACAAACCUCGACGAAGAAACCUCGUCUCUUCCAGGUUGGACUGUUGAAUCGAACAGGGCGGUUCGGUUUGUUGACUCGGAUCACUUCUCAGUUCCAGGUGGAAAACGAGCCGUCGAACUACUCUCAGGCAAAGAAGGCAUUAUUUCACAAAUGGUUGAGACCAAAGCAGAUAAACCGUACACAUUAACUUUCUCGCUAGGACACGCAGGUGAUAAAUGCAAGGAACCAUUGGCUAUAAUGGCAUUCGCAGGUGAUCAGGCGCAGAACUUUCAUUACAUGGCGCAAGCGAACUCUAGUUUCGAAAAGGCCGGUUUGAAUUUCACGGCUAAGGCUGAUCGAACCAGAGUCGCGUUCUACAGUGUUUAUUACAAUACGAGGACUGAUGAUAUGAGCUCCUUGUGUGGACCUGUGAUCGAUGACGUUAGAGUUUGGUUCUCAGGGUCGAAGAGAAUCGGAGCUGGAUUUGGGUUUGGGUUUUCGGUUUUUGUUCUUCUUGCUAUCGUUUUGGUUUAGUAAUUAAAGAUUUAGCUGUCCCGGUUUUAUUCUAGUGUACCGGUAAAAUGUUAUUACAAAACCAAGAAUUCUGUAUGGUUUAUCCUUAAGGUUAAAUCAAAAUCGUACCCGAAUAUGAUUUCGGUUUGGUUUGGUUGGUAAGAAUAAUAGGUUUUUAUAA